AUGGCUUUGCCCAUUAUACGUGGCAUCGGCAUCGUCCAGUUACACGCGCUCAUCCUGGAGAUGACUGGAGACCUGAAGCUCAAGCUGGCUGUCCUUAAUUGGGACGUCCUCCUGCGCAUGGUCACCCUCUUAUCACGCCCAGACGUCUCCUCGCUCAUGAAGACUUCGCACGAGCUCUAUGAGCUUUGUCUCCGACAGUUGUUUCACGACCCGGUCGAAGUCCGUACAGACAACAUCUUAUCACUGCACGGAUGCCUUCGCAUUGGAACCUCUCACCCUCGAUCCCAUUAUCUCCGUGACAUCACGAUCUCUUCCUCGCUCUCAUGCCUGUCGCGCUCUGCUGGGCACGUCGCCAUAGAGAACCUACUGUCCGACAUCCUAAACGACGCCUCUCUUCUCCGCUGUCUACGUUUAGAUUGGGGUGCUGCCGGCUUAUCGACAUGCUUCAGACUGGUUCCAACAGCUCUCGAGAGUUUGGAGGAGGUCCAUCUACCCCUUGUCUCCCAGGAGCUUUGGCAUAACUUUCAAGACCUCCGUUCACCUAUCCGCAAGCUCACAGCACGAUUCGGUCCAAUGCAUCGACUUCCUGCCCCGAACCCUAUCUCUCUCCUUGUAUCAUUUGGAUCGACGCUCGAAGAGCUGCAUUUUGCUAUGGUUCAGUUCGAGGACGAUACAGUUUGCUACCCUCGCGUUCACAAGCUUCACUUGGCCGAUUGUUACUUCGGGCUGACCAGGGGCGGGAUCGACAUCGCGCCUGUGGUCCGUGCAUUCCCUCAUGUGCUCGACUUCUCUCUAUCCGCAGCGCAAGUAAAACCAAUGGUCUCCCACUGGGAGGAGGGCCGAUGCUGCGACCACGCAGACGUCAUUGACCGCUGCCGUGUCCUGAACGGACAGUGGCAACGUGAACACGAGGGUUGGAUGUCUCUGCAGAGCGUCACCGUAGGCCACAUUAUCGACUUGUACAUGUUAGGCUUUUCUCGUCCCAUUCCUCAUGUCGGGAUACAAGCAUUCUCCGAAGGCACUCUUUGGAUGUUCCGGCAUGUCCUUUCGGACACGCGCCCAUCGCAUCUCACAAUCUCCUUGUUUGCCCGCGAUCAAAUUCUCAAUUGCCUUCCUCGCCUUAUCUGUGCCGAGGACUCCGCGACCUCUCUCACCCAGUUUACGGUCGUGCUCCGUUGCGACGUCGCCGAAAUAAACGUGGAAAAAAUCAUAACGAACCUGACAGAUCUUCUCGUGGGGCUAAGCGUCGAAGACCUGUCGCUCCGAAUGCUCCGGUGGGACACCGUGGGCCCGUAUCGGCUUCCACAGGAUGGGCUGCGCGCUAUCGACUCAGCGUUGGACCGCAUAUACGGCCAGACUGCGGGAAUAGCCGCGCGGAUUCUGGGUGGAAUUCCGUCUCUGCGGCAACUGACGUUGACUGUUGCACAACGGGAAGCGCGAUGGAUAAAGGCUUGA